GAACUGUAAUUAAAUUGUGAUAGUAAAUAGAUUAGCUUAAGGGACUUCAAUAAGAAAUAUUUUUAAUUAAUACAGUAUGAAAUACAAAAAAAAAACAAAAAAAAAAAAAAAACAAGUAAAAACAUUUGUCUUAAAAAAAAGAAGAAAAAAAGAAGAAGAAGAUAAUAAUAAAUAAAAAAGAACAGAACAGAAGCUGCUCUUUUGUCCAAAGCUUCUUCCUUUCUCUUUCUCCAACAUUUCUUCUCUGCAAGUUAAAAACUUACUAAAAUAAAAAAUUCAAUAAACCCUUGAAGACAAAAUUAGCUUUUUUGUUUUUUUUUUAUUUUAAUUCUUUUUUGGUUAUUUUUUUUUAUGAUUUUGUUUUUUGUUUUCCUCGUAAAACCCAUGAGUGACCCCUUUGGUUCCUCUUUGCUUUAAUCUUCAAGAAAGAAAGAAAAAAAUGCCUUCUUUUGCUUUUGGAUCUCAUCACCAUUUGGCGAAUCCUACAGACUCGCCGCCGUACUCCGUCGAAAUUAGCAUCGACGGUGACUCCUCCGACUGGGAUUCUUUGUCUCAGGUCGAUUUAGAGUCCGGCGGUGUACCGGCGCCGGAGAAACAGCUACAUUCCGGUGGUAAGAAGAGGAGAACUAGGAGGAGAAAGAGGAGGAAGAAGAAGAAGAAGAAGAAAGGUGGAAGAGAUUGCAGGAUCUGUCAUCUUCCUUUAGAGACUAACAAAGAAGCUGAAGAUGAAGAUGAAGAAGAAGAAGAUGAUUCUGAUGAUGAUGAAGAUGAAGAAGAUGAAGAAGAAGAAGAAGAAGAAGAAGAAGAAGAAUAUUAUGGUUUGCCUUUGCAAUUAGGUUGCUCUUGUAAAGGUGAUUUGGGUGUUGCUCAUAGUAAGUGUGCUGAGACUUGGUUUAAGAUCAAAGGAAACAUGACAUGUGAGAUAUGCGGCGCAAUGGCUCUAAACGUGGCUGGUGAACAAUCUAAUCCGGAGAGCACUGCUUCUACACAUUCACAAGCAGCUGCGGGACAAUCUCUAACUCAGACAGAGCCACGAGGAAUCUGGCAUGGUCGCCCUGUUAUGAACUUCUUACUUGCUGCUAUGGUCUUCGCCUUCGUUGUUUCUUGGCUUUUUCACUUCAAAGUCCUCAAGUGAAACGUUUUCCAUCUCUCUCUCUCUCUCUCUCUCUCUUUCGCCCACCCGCACGAGCUCACUCUUCUCCUGUUCUUGAGCCGCUUGCAAUCGCUGAAUCAAUCCCUCCUGUUGCUUGAUUAUUCACACGUUUUGUAGCUGUAAAAACUUGGUAGUGUUUAGAUUGUUGUAACUUGUGAGAUUUACAUUUUGUAUAAUAUUGUUCUCUGCUCCGGCUUCGUGAAAUCUCUGUGUGGUCAGGAGGGUCUUAGCUCUUUUGGUUUCAGACACAUGGCUUUGAAAACUGGUAAUAGAUAAAAU